AUGCAGGUCUCCAACUGGUUCAUCAACGCGAGGGUCAGGCUGUGGAAGCCGAUGGUGGAGGAGAUGUACUCGGAGGAGAUGAAGGACCCGCAGCAGGAGGGCGGCGGCGCCUGCAGCAACGCGAACAACAGCGUGAACACUAGCAGCUACGCCUACGAGCUAGGGCAGCAGCAGCUGGGGCACGGGGGCGCCAGUGGCGUGGACGGCGGCGGCGGCGAGCGGAAGCCGACGCGGGCGCAGCUGGUCCACGACGCCGGGUCGCUAGCCUCAGUCGUCAGCAUCGGCAGCAGCAGGCAGGACCAGCAGCAGCAGAUCAGCAGCAUCAAUUUUGGCAUGAUGGACCACCUCGACUUCGACGCAUACAACGACGACCCCGCCGCGGCCGGCGGGCCAGCUGGCGGGUUCGGUGGCGGUGGUUCUGGCGGCGUGUCGCUCACGCUCGGGCUGCAGCAGCACGCGGACGACCCGCACGGCGGCGUGAACAUCGCGUUCGCCGCCGCUCCGUCGGCGGCGCACGAGUUCCUGUUCAUGGCAGGCGGUGGCGAGCAGCAGAUGGUCGCGGGUGGCGCCGUGCACCCGUCCCACGGACACGGUCACCACAGUCAGUUCUCCGCCAGCAUGCAAGGCGACGGCGUGGCCUCCUCGCACUACCACCGGGGCCUCAGCGCCGCCACCGGGUUCCAGCUCCUCCACGACCUGGCCGGCUGA